ACAACAGCAGCAGCAGCAGCAGUGACUACGACUACUUGUCAAUUGGUUAUGAAUGCUGUGAAUCAGGACAGUUUUAGCUGAUUUCCUGACAAAAUUGUUGGUAUAUAAAAACCCAUACGCUCUCAUUCCAGGAACCAUUCUGUUAUGUUUCGUCCAUGAGUACUGAUAGCCAUAGGUAUUGUUAAAUUCUCAACCGGACCACAGUAUUUCUGCACAGACUGAACUGGAAGAGAAAUAUAAAUAAUAACUGAAAAAAAAAACUUACAGAUCAUAUAAAAAACAAAAUGGGGCACUCAAAUUCCACAUGUUGUGUAAGGAAAAGUAAAACCAAUGAACGUGUUCUAAUGUUGGGUCUGGACGAUGCAGGUAAAUCCAAAAGUUUGUAUUACAUGAAGCUGAAUCAAGAGAUCAAAACCCUUCCCACCCUGGGAUUUAAUGUGGAGCAAAUUGAACUGGACAGAACUAAUGUGAUUAUCUGGGAAGUUGGUGGACACAAGAAAAGUCGUGCACAGUGGCACCAUUAUUAUUCGAAUACAAUAGGCUUAAUUUACGUAGUUGACAGCAGUGAUACACUUCGGAUGGAGGAAAGUUGUAAAGAAUUUUUAGCAGUCAUCCAGCAUCCUGAAAUGCAAGGAGUCCCAGUUUUGAUAUUAGCAAACAAACAAGACAUGUCAUCGGCAAUAUCCACUGCGGCCAUUUCAGAUUAUUUCAUGCUAGAUACAACACUAAAAGACAGAAACUGGUUCAUCCUAAGCGUUUCCUCCGUAUCAGGGUUUGGCUUCACAGAAGCACUUACUCUCUUAAACGCUCUUGUCACUGAAUUCAGGAAAAGAAAAAGCUCACGAAGAAAAAGAGAGGAACUCACAGAGAUGAAGCAAAGCUAACACAUUUGGACAAUUAUAUAAGAACUUCAAUAUCUAUGUAAGCAUUUCUGUAUGAGCAUGCGUGCAUUUAAGGAUGUAGAUGAGUAUGUAUAAGUAUAAGUAUAUACUUACGUAUACAUGUGUGCAUAUGUAUGAGUAUAUAUGUACAUGUGUAUAUGUUUAAUGCUGCAUAAUGUGUUUCAUCAUCAUCAUCAUCAUCAUCAUCAUUAUCAUCAACAUCAUCAUUUAAUGUCCAUGUUCCUUGCUAGUAUGGUAUGGACAAUUUCACUGAAACUGGUUUGGACCAGUAGCUGCACCAGGCUCCAUUUUUUUAUUCUGAUAUCGUUUCUAGAGCUGGAUGCCCCUUCCUAACUGUGGCCACUCCACAGAGUGUACUGGGUGCUUUUUAUGAGGCA